CUCCCAGACUCCCUAGUUAGGUACUUGCAUAUAGUACCCAGCAGGCCUGGAGCUAACACACAAUUCCACAAUUUUUAGUCUAGUACCCCUCCAAAAUAAACCACCUGGGCAAAAUAUUAUACAUAGAAAAACACCACGCUUCUCUCCUGACCACCGGUCCCUUUUCUCAAGACUUCUCGUCUGCCACACGAACUUCUUUCGCGUAAACCAUAGACUUAGACAGACUUUAUCCUUCAGCCUUCGUUGACUUGGAUAGUCUAUCCAUUCAUUUUCGUCUUUCUGACACCCUUCUGCUUAUAGAGAUUCACUUGACCCGGGCAUAUUUCCCCGUCUUGUGUUGAAACCAAGACAAGAUGUGUGCAGACAUCAACGUCGACGUUCUCGUUAUCGGUGCUGGCCCUACGGGUCUAGGUGCUGCGAAGCGCCUCAACCAAGUUAAUGGCCCCUCGUGGUUAAUCAUUGACUCUAACGAAAAGGCCGGUGGUCUUGCCUCUACUGACGUCACUCCUGAGGGCUUCCUCUACGAUGUUGGCGGUCAUGUCAUCUUCUCUCACUACAAGUACUUUGACGACUGCAUCGACGAGGCUCUUCCUAAGGAAGAUGACUGGUACACCCACCAGCGUAUCUCCUACGUCCGCUACAAGGGCCUCUGGGUCCCUUACCCCUUCCAGAACAACAUCUCCAUGCUGCCUAAGGAGGAUCAGGUCGAGGCUAUUGACGGUCUAAUCGAUGCUGCCUUGGAGGUUCGCGUCGCGAACACCAAGCCCAAGGACUUCGAUGAGUGGAUCUUGCGCAUGACUGGUACUGGCAUUGCCAACAUGUUCAUGCGACCAUACAACUACAAGGUCUGGGCUGUUCCCACCACUAAGAUGCAAUGUCAAUGGCUCGGUGAGCGUGUAGCCGCCCCUGAUGUCAAGAACGUUGUGAAGAACGUUGUUCUUAACAAGGUUGCUGGUAACUGGGGUCCCAAUGCUACAUUCCGCUUCCCCGCCCGCGAUGGUACUGGUGGUAUCUGGAUUGCUGUUGCCAACACCCUCCCUGACGAGAAGAAGCGUUUCGGCAAGAAGGGUGAGGUUACUAAGGUCGAUGCCGACAAGAAGGUCGUCACCCUCAAGGACGGCACGACAAUUGGCUACGGCAAGCUCAUCUCCACCAUGAACGUUGACCAAUUGGUCGAGUCCAUGGGCAACCAGGAGCUCGUUACCCUUAGCAAGGGUCUGUUCUACUCUUCCACCCAUGUCAUCGGUGUUGGUCUCCGUGGCGCACGACCCGAGCGUAUCGGUGACAAGUGCUGGCUAUACUUCCCCGAAGACAAUUGCCCGUUCUACCGAGCGACCAUCUUCUCUAACUACUCCCCCUACAACCAGCCCCAGGCUGAUGCUAAGCUCCCGACGAUCUCGAUCGCGGACGGCAGCAAGCCUGCAAGCACAGAACCUAAGGAAGGUCCCUACUGGUCUAUCAUGUUGGAGGUUUCUCAAUCUUCGAUGAAGCCCGUUGACGAGGCCAACUUACUGAAGGACUGCAUCCAGGGCUUGGUCAACACUGACAUGAUCAAGCCUACGGAUGAGAUCGUCUCCACCUACCACCGCAAGUUCGACCACGGUUACCCCACUCCCUCGCUAGAGCGUGAAGGUGUCCUGAAGCAACUUCUCCCCAAGCUUCAAGACCUCGACAUCUAUUCUCGUGGCCGAUUCGGCAGCUGGAGAUACGAGGUUGGCAACCAGGACCACUCGUUCAUGUUGGGUGUUGAGGCUGCCGACCACAUCGUAAACGGCGCGGUUGAGCUUACGCUUAACUACCCCGACUUCGUCAACAGCCGCCAAAACACUGAGCGUCGUCUUGACCAAGGCCCGUUGGCCGCUAAGAAGAGCCUGCCUUCGCACCCCAAAUAAACGUCCGUCUCAAUAACGAGUAGUCCUUGAAGGCGUACAUACUCGCUUAAUAUUGUGUCUCCCGGAGACCUCUAUAAAAACACCAGGGAACUUCUAAGAGUUAUGUUGAGCAUAUGGCAAUUCAUGUUUGAUGAGUGCGACGGUAAUGGAACGUUAGGAUGAUUCAGACGCGGUCAUGUGAUGAUAUGGCAUUAUAAACCCAUGUUUCUCUGCGUUAGAGAGCCUGAUGAAUAGAAAGAAAGAAAUUAGAUUUAUGAACCCA